UCCACCUGCAUCAUCAGCAGCGGCGCUGUCAAGUGCUGGGGAGACAACAGCUACUAUCAGUUCGGGUACCAGGGGAAGCGAGCGGUGGGGACGGGGGCAGGAGACAUGAGCUCGCUCCCGGCGCUCAACGUGCCAGGCAGCGCGGUGAAGGCGGUAGCAGGGGAGGGCUUCUUGUGUGUCCUCAACGACGCUGGGGAGAUGUACUGCUCGGGCUCGAACGCGCUGGGGCAGGCGGGAGCAGGCAACGUCAACUGGACGGCGAGCAUGACGAGGGUGAGCCUGGGGAGCGGGAGGAAGGCGACGGAUGUGACAGCAGGGGCAUGGCAUGCAUGCGCGGUGCUGGACAACGGGCAGGUGAAGUGCUGGGGCUUACACACGCAGGAGAGGAUGGGAGACAGCCUUCCGUACGUGCCCCUGCAAGAGCAGGUGCAGUCGAUAGCAGCUGGAGACCUGCACACGUGCGCGCUGCUGGUAGGAGGAGACGUGCAGUGCUGGGGCGACAACUCGGUAGGACAGCUGGGAAGCAACGUGGCAUCGCCGAUGGGGUACGACGUGGAGGCCUCGUACGUGGGGAUGCCGGGGGUGCGCAGGAUCUGGGCAGGAGGCUUCUCGACGUGCGUGGAGCUGGACACGUCGGAGGUGUUUUGCUUCGGGCUGAACAGGGACGGGCUGCUGGGGUAUCAAGACACGACGAACCGCUUCCUGAGCAACCAGACGGCCGUGCUGGGAGGGAUGAGAGUGAUGAAGGUCGUAGCCGGGUACGAGCAUGCGUGCGCUCUGCUGAUGAACGAGAGCGUCGUGUGCUGGGGGAGCAACACGUACGGGGAGCUGGGG